AUGAAUGGUCUCCCCUCAAGUCAGUUAUCGUGGGCCGAGCAGGGCAGGCAUGCUUUCCCAGCGCCCCCCCCUGAAAUGAUCGAAGCAACGAUGCCGUCGGCCCACGUGCCUCUAUUUAGGCCGCGAUCCCCGUUUGACAAGCUUCUGAUAGUCAAAGCGGAGGCAGAACUGAACUAUCUCGCUCGACUUCUCGAGUCUGAGGGUGUUCGGGUCUAUCGGCCGCCGGCAGGGAUCAACUGGCUAGACGUUGGUGGGUACACUGGUGCCAUGCCUCGUGACGGGCUUAUGAGCGUCAAGAAUACAUUGAUUGAAGCCUGUUUUGCCUGGAACUGCCGUGAUCGGGAGAUUGAAAUUGCCUUUACGCCGAUCCUUGACGAGCUGGCGCAGGACAGCGGUGUGACCAUCGUGCGGCGCCCUCCGCACUCCUUUGCCAACUCCUUGCUUGACGACUUCCCUCAGACUGGCGAUGCUGCCGGAAAUGCCACUAGUCAGUGGGUAAUCAACAACACCCGCCCUGCCUUUGAUACGGCGGACUUUAUGCGGUUUGGCAAGACUAUCCUCGGGCAGUUCAGCCACGUAACCAACCAGGCUGGUAUCGACUAUGUCCAGCAGCAUUUGCCUGGGGGGUAUAAAAUUGAAUUGCUUGAAGUUAACGACCCGAGCGCCAUGCACAUUGAUGCCACAAUCCUGCCGCUCCGCAAUGGACUAUUGGUUUACAACCCGACAAAGGUCACCGAGGCCGCGCUUCGCAAGCAUGAGGUUCUGGCGGAUUGGGAUCUCCGAGCCUACCCCUUUAUUCCAACUGAAUCAGAUGGUCCGCCGCUUUACAUGACCAGCCCAUGGUUAUGCCUCAAUGCUUUGGUUUUGGAUGGAAAAAGAGUCGUGGUCGAGGCUAGUGACCUCCAGACAACACAGCUGUAUGAAUCAUGGGGAAUGAAAUGUAUUCCAUGCCCCUUCAAACAUGUGAAUAGUAUUGGUGGCUCUUUUCACUGCGCAACAGUGGACUUAGUCAGGGACAAUGUUGAGAAGUGA